AUGGCAUUAUCAAAUGUUUCAUUAAAUGAAACCAACCUUUGUCUCGUCUCUAAGAAAGUUGAUGCCACAAGUGUCUGGGAUUAUAGGCCCAUCGGCCUCAUUUUGUGUGCCUAUAAAAUCAUUGCUCGUGUUUUAUCUGAUCGUCUAAAGAAGGUUCUUCCUAAUACUAUUGCCCCAAAUCAGCUUGCAUUUGUUGAAAAAGGACAAAUUACAGAUGCCUCCCUUGUGGCCAAUGAAUUGAUUGAUGAUAGUCUUGGACUCAUGGGUGCAUCUGCAAUGCCAAUUUCUCCAUCAUUAUUAAUGGUCGACCUUGGGGCAAGAUUAUCCCAUCCCGUGGCAUCAAACAGCCCAAUUGCUCUUCAGCAUCUUUUUGAGGUGAUGAGAUAUAUCUUUGAGGUUGCUUCUGGUUUUUCCAUUAAUCUUUCUAAGAGUGAGCUUCUUGGCAUUAAUUUGGAUGCUUCUAUCGUGGACUCUUUGGCUUGUUCGUUUGGUUGUAAGCUUGGUCUAUGGCCUUCUACCUACCUUAGUUUGCUUUUAGGUGGUAAUUCCACAUCUUCUGCUUUUUGGCAACCCAUUGUUGAGCAUAUUAGGGUGGCUGAUGUUUGGGUGGAGGAUGUUGCUGCUUGGAAUUUGCACCUUUGCCGCAAUCUCAAUGAUUCCGAAAUUAUCGAUUGGAUGGCCUUAUCACAACAUUUACAGUCUGUCAAUUUUCGUGCUGAUGCUGAUUUUUGGAUAUGGACGAUCUAA